AUGAUUCCUCGUUCACGCCUCUCAGGGCGCCUCAUUCUUGAGCGCUCUCUCGCUCACACAUCAAGAGCCUCUUCCGAAGCUACCGCCGCUCGAUGGACUUCUUCUCCCGCCUACCGCAACCUUCACAUCUGCGGCCGUCGGCUCCCCGCUAUCCAGCCGCGGUUAAACGCUGCAGCUUUCUCAACAUCCGCCCGAGUCGCCAAGGAGAAGGACAACAAGGACAAGGGAUUCUUCGAGUCUGCAAUUGAGCCUCUGACCGAACCCUUGUCUGAGGAGGAGGCCAAGGCCAACGUCGAGAACAAGCGCAAGGAAGCCGAUGGAACGAUAUUGGCUGAGUCACGGAACCCAGGCCCUGACUCACCAGGGUCCGGAAAGAAUGACGGCGGUAGUCAAUCGCAGGACGGGAAGGCAGGUAGCGCUGCAGGAGGCGCUGGUUCAGGAUCUGGUGGCGACAACUCUGGUGGUGAUGGAGGUCGCCGCGGCCGUAAGCCUUCUUCCGAGAAGGCCCUCCAGAAGCCCGUAGUUCCUGAGGUCUACCCCCAAGUCUUGGCGAUUCCUAUUGCUAGAAGGCCUCUCUUCCCUGGUUUCUAUAAGGCCAUUACUAUUAAGGAUCCCGAGGUGGCGAACGCAAUUACCGAGUCGAUCAAGCGUGGCCAGCCAUAUGUAGGUGCUUUCUUGUUCAAGGACGAGAAUGAGGACGAGGACGUGAUUCGAAACCCCGAAGACGUCUAUGACGUUGGUGUUUUCGCUCAAAUCACAAGUGCUUUCCCCAUUCAUGGUCAAGAAGGUGCUUUAACUGCUAUCCUCUACCCCCAUCGCCGUAUCAAGUUGUCCAGUCUGUUGCCGCCCGGCGGCCAGGAUGUUGGUAAGAAGGCCGACUCUAAGACUGAAACCAAGACUGAACCUACACCCGAACCAAUUCCCCAGAAGCCUGCUGAAGAGGAGACCUCAACUGAGAAGAAGGGAGAUGUUGUCGCCAGCUUUGAGGAGAGCGCUGUAGAGAAGAAGCCUGAUCAGGCUGCCGAGAAGUAUGAGCCCACAUCAUUCCUCAAGAGAUACCCUGUCAGCUUGGUCAACGUCGAGAACCUCGUCGACGAGCCUUAUGACCCCAAGAGCCCUGUUAUUCGUGCCGUCACGAAUGAGAUCGUCAACGUCUUCAAGGAGGUUGCCACCAUGAACAACCUGUUCCGAGACCAAAUUUCUACCUUCUCCAUGAGCCAGUCUACCGGAAAUGUCACUUCAGAACCUGCCAAGCUCGCCGAUUUUGCUGCUGCCGUGUCUUCGGGUGAGCAAAAGGAGCUCCAAGAAGUCCUUGGUUGCUUGAACGUCGAGGAGCGAAUGCAGAAGGCCCUCGUGGUGCUCAAGAAAGAGCUCAUGAAUGCCCAGCUGCAGUCAAAGAUUAGCAAGGAUGUGGAGAACAAGAUUAGCAAGCGCCAGCGCGAAUAUUGGCUCAUGGAACAAAUGAAGGGCAUCCGCCGUGAGCUUGGCCUUGAGUCUGAUGGCAAGGACAAGCUUGUUGAGAAGUUCAAGGAGAAGGCAAAUAGCCUUGCUAUGCCUGAAGCGGUACGCAAGGUCUUUGACGAGGAGCUCAACAAGCUCGCUCACCUCGAAACAGCCGCUUCUGAGUUCAACGUGACAAGAAAUUAUCUGGACUGGCUCACCCAGAUUCCCUGGGGCAGAAGGAGUACCGAAAACUUUGCUAUUCCUAACGCUGUUAAGAUCCUAGAUGAGGACCACCACGGCUUAAAGGACGUCAAGGACCGCAUUCUGGAGUUCAUCGCUGUUGGCAAGCUUCGAGGCACUGUUGAGGGUAAGAUCCUCUGCUUUGUCGGACCUCCUGGUGUGGGUAAGACGAGUAUCGGAAAAUCUAUUGCUCGUGCUCUUAACCGAGAAUACUACCGUUUCAGUGUCGGUGGUCUCACAGAUGUUGCUGAGAUCAAAGGUCACCGAAGAACCUACGUCGGUGCCCUGCCUGGUCGUAUGAUUCAGGCUUUGAAGAAGUGCCAGACCGAGAACCCUCUUAUCCUGAUCGAUGAGAUUGACAAGAUUGGCCGAGGUUACCAGGGUGAUCCAUCAUCUGCUCUGCUUGAGCUACUCGACCCUGAGCAGAACAGCUCUUUCUUGGAUCACUACAUGGACGUACCUGUCGAUCUGUCCAAGGUCCUGUUUGUGUGUACCGCCAACAUGACCGAUACCAUCCCUCGUCCUCUUCUGGACCGAAUGGAACUUAUCACCCUCUCUGGCUACGUUGCUGAUGAGAAGAUGGCCAUUGCUCAGCGAUACCUUGCCCCUGCUGCUAAGGAGACUGCCGGACUUCAGAACGCCGAUGUCACUCUGAGUGAGGAGGCAGUUGAGGAACUCAUCAAGUCGUACUGCCGUGAGUCCGGUGUGCGAAACCUCAAGAAGCAGAUCGAGAAGGUAUACCGAAAGUCUGCUCUCAAGAUCGUUCAGGAGCUUGGUGAGGAGGUUCUUCCUGAAGAAGAGGCCCUUACCGAGGAAGGCAAGUCUGCUCUUGAGGAGGCUGAGAAGCAGGGCAAGUCUGAGGAGGCUACCGCAGAGAGCAAGGAGGGUAAGGAGGCCACCUCCCACGAGACUGGCCCAACUACAGAGAAGCCUCGCAAGGCUCUCAAGGUUCCCGACUCCGUUCACGUCGUUAUCGGCAAGGACAACCUCACUGACUACGUCGGCCCACCUGUCUUCACCUCCGAUCGUCUCUACGAGGUCAGCCCUCCUGGUGUUUCCAUGGGUCUCGCCUGGACACAACUUGGUGGUGCUGCCAUGUACAUCGAGUCUAUCCUCCAGGCUCCCCUCCGACCAUCUACACGACCUCACCUUGAGAUUACCGGUAACCUCAAGAACGUCAUGAAGGAAUCUACCACCAUUGCCUACUCCUUCGCCAAGUCUUUCAUGGUUAAGCAAUUCCCUGACAACCACUUCUUCGACAAGGCCAAGAUGCAUCUCCACGUUCCUGAUGGUGCUGUUCAAAAGGAUGGUCCAUCUGCUGGUAUCACUAUGACUACUUCGCUCCUCUCUCUUGCUCUCGAUGCCCCUGUGAAUCCUACGGUUGCCAUGACUGGUGAGAUUACACUUACCGGAAAGGUGUUGCGCAUUGGCGGUCUUCGUGAAAAGACCGUUGCAGCUCGACGUGCUGGCUGCAAGACCGUCAUUUUCCCUAAGGACAACAUGUCUGACUGGCUAGAGCUCCCUGAGAACAUCAAGGAGGGUAUCGAGGGUCAUCCCGUGGCUUGGUACUCCGAAGUCUUCGACCUUGUCUUCCCCAACAUCGACAAGGAGCAGGCCAACAAGUGCAAGAUCUGCGAGUGGAAGUCUCAGCAGAAGAAGAGCGACCCCGAAUCCGCUGAAGAGGAGGAUUAA